AUGAGGAUCUUGUGUGUAUCUGUCGUUCUGCUGCAGCUCAUCGGCUCCUGUUUCUGCCAGUUCCCCCGAGCAUGUGCCACCUCAGAGGCCCUACGGACUAAAGUGUGUUGCCCGGUGUGGGAGGGGGAUGGCUCAGCCUGCGGUGCCCUCACAGGCCGUGGUUUCUGCGCUGAUGUGGUGGUCUCAGAUGAGCCCCAUGGGCCCCAGUACCCACACAGAGGGAUUGAUGACAGAGAGCAAUGGCCUCUAGCUUUCUACAACCGGACAUGCCGCUGUGCUGGAAACUACGGAGGUUACAACUGUGGAGAAUGCAAAUUUGGUUACUGGGGUUCAAACUGUGCUGAGUACAGGGUUUCUAUGCGCAGGAACAUCCUGACCAUGUCAACUGCUGAGCAACAAAAAUUCAUUUCUUAUCUAAACUUAGCCAAGAACACCAUCAGUCGAGACUUUGUCAUCGCAACAGGAACCAGAGACGAGAUGGGGCCAGAUGGUGAAAACCCCAUGUUCUCCAAUAUUAACACCUAUGAUCUGUUUGUGUGGAUGCACUACUACGUGUCCCGGGAUGCCUUCUUGGGAGGGCCGGGCAAUGUUUGGGCAGACAUUGACUUUGCCCAUGAAUCGGCAGCAUUUCUACCCUGGCACAGAGUCUUCCUGCUAAUGUGGGAGAAUGAGAUAAGAAAGCUGACAGGAGAUUUUAACUUUACUAUCCCAUACUGGGACUGGAGGGACUCUCAGACCUGUGAGGUGUGCACUGAUUCUCUAAUGGGUGCACGCAGCUCUUUUAAUCCAAACCUGAUCAGCCCAGCUUCAGUCUUCUCCUCGUGGAAGGUAAGAAAAAUCAGAGUAGUGUAUAGGUGUAAAUGUAAAUGUCUGAGCAGGUCCCACGAAUAAUGCCUUAUUUGUUUCCUGCUUCAGAACUAAGAAAUGUGAGAUUUUAAUUCAUCUCAAGCGAUCCAGCAAAGUGAAAAUCCUUCUUCAGAGGCUUUGUAUUUACAUCCCAAAGAAUGUAACAAAGACAGAGACUUUAUUCUGAGCAAAUCCAACACAGAUUUGUUUUAAAUUGCAGCUUGUACCUCAACCAACAAUUACUGUCUCCUGGGUUUCCAUUUCUCAUCAAUAACAGGCUAAAAAAUUGCGAUGCAAACUGAUUCUUCUAAGGUGUGUUAUUGAUAACAGUAAUUUGUUAAUUUCUGAUCUGAAGCCUUUGGUAUGCAGGGGUAAAUAUUCCCGUAUGAGAGCUGUGCCAUUAAACUUUAACUGAUGGAUGAAGCUUUAUUUUUAUGAGGUUUAAGUUUUAUUGUAACUCCCUGAUGUGUGUCUGUGUGUAGGUGAUUUGCACCCGGCCAGAAGAUUACAACAACCAAGAGGUAAUUUGUGACGCUGCCGGGGAGGGUCCUCUGUUGCGUAACCCCGGCAACCACGAUCCAGGCCGUGUGCCACGAAUCCCCACAACAGGUGAUGUGGACUUCGCUGUGGGCCUCCCCAUGUACGAGACAGGACCCAUGGACCGGUUUGCCAACAUGAGCUUUAGAAACGUACUAGAGGGUAGGAGACCUUAAACUUCCACUGAUACACAUAUUUGGUAAUUUCACGCUAAUGUUUCAUCUUGUCCAGUGAGUGUUUUUUCAUUUGUUUGUUUUGGUUCACCCAAGCAUGGUUGUACAAAUCCAUAUGUAUGUCUGCAUGCACAGACACUUGUUUAAAUCAAACCAAUUGAACCCCCUUCUACUUUUGUAUCUUUUGCAGGUUUUGCCAGUCCAGAGACAGGCAUGGCAGUGCCAGGCCAGAGCACCAUGCACAACGCCCUGCACCUCUUCAUGAAUGGAACCAUGUCCUCAGUUCAGGGGUCAGCAAAUGACCCCAUUUUUCUGCUGCACCAUGCUUUCAUUGACAGGUAUUAAAAAAUACAUGAGAAAACGCCUUUAAAAAGUUCAACAAGUGCUAUAAAUGAUUAAUUCUUUAAUCAUUUAAGAGUAAAUACUAGAAACUAUUCUUCUCUUUCCUCUUUUUUUCUCUUUAACUUUCAUCUCUCUGCUCCCUUCCAGCAUCUUUGAGCGAUGGCUCAGGACACAUCAACCAGUGCGCAACAUUUACCCUAGUACUAAUGCCCCUAUUGGCCACAAUGAUGGCUACUACAUGGUGCCCUUCCUGCCUCUCUACAGAAAUGGAGACUACUUCCUGUCCAACAAGGUUUUGGGAUUCGAGUAUGCCUACCUAUUGGACCCUGGUCUGUACAAAAUAAUCAUAUCCUGCAAAUAAGUGUUUCUCCAGCUGUUAAUUUAUGCCUCACUUUCUCAUCAUGUGUAUCUUUCUUACAGGUCAGAGGUUCCUGCAGGAGUUCAUAACACCAUACCUUGAGGAGGCACAGAGGAUCUGGCAGUGGCUUCUUGGCGCAGGGAUGCUUGGGGCUCUGAUUGCUGCAAUCAUCGCAGGAAUAAUUGUUGUCAUACGAAAGAAAUGGAAACGAAGCCAAAGGAGGAAGAGGGUGCCAAGCUUUGGAGAGAGACAGCCGCUCCUGCACAGCAGCUCAGACGAUGGAUCGGCUUCAUAUCAGAACACUCUGUAA